UUGACGAACUCCGGUUGACCCUCUCUCCAUCUCCUCUCCCUCUAAAUUAAAUACAUAAAUAAAUAUUUACAAAAAUUAGAAAAAAACACCCAAAAAAAAAAAAGACAAAUUCUUUUCUUUUUCUCCAUUUCCCACUCGUAUUAGAUCCACCUUCCUCGUUCAAGCCGGAUUCUUUAUUCCACCUCAUUCUCUCUUUCUAUUAUUUAUUUCUUACUAUUAUUAUCCCAAAAAAAAAAAAAACUAUAUCUAAAAUACCAAGAUUUUAUUUUAUUUUUCUGAAAGGUGCUUACAGGGGAGGAAGGGUUGGUUGCAUAUAUUCACAAGUAUACCUAUUGCCUACACAUCAAGUCAUCACCCUACCUGGGAAUUUUAGGCGUGUUCUUUGGAAAGUGGAAAGAAAUUGUUUCUGGGGAAUGCCCUUUGCUGGUUUGGGUGAAUUAGGUUUUCUUUUGCAGAUAUUAUUGGUUAAUCAGGAUUUUCACAAAUUUUUACCGUCAAUGGAACAGUUACAAUUAAUUGUCGAAUCUCAGCAGAAAGAGGAUCAUUCUUCUAAGAAUAACCACGAAAGUGAUAACACACUUGAGGGCUCUGGCAGCCCUCGAAUCCGAAAGAUAUCAGCUAGAUGGAACAUGGAGGAAGCAUGCAGACCUGAUAUUGAUGAAGCGCCUGUGUUUUAUCCAACUAUUGAGGAGUUUGAAGAUACACUUGGUUACAUAGCAAAGAUCCGCCCACUGGCCGAAUCUUAUGGUAUAUGCCGGAUUGUCCCUCCACCUUCCUGGAUCCCUCCCUGCACUCUUAAGGAGAAAGAGAUGUGGGAACAUGCCAAAUUUUCUACGCGCAUUCAGCAAGUUGACUUGCUUCAAAACAGAGAGGCCAUGAGAAAGAAAAGUAGAAGUCGGAAGCGUAAACGAAAGAGGAACUCAAGAAUGGGAGCCAGAAGGCGUUCAGAAGCUAAUGCUGCUACUGAGGCUGAUGAGAAGUUUGGGUUCCAUUCAGGAUCAGACUUUACAUUUGAAGAGUUUCAGAAACAUGCUGCUACUUUUAAGGAGAGUUACUUCGGAACAAAGGAUGCUAAGGAGGGUUCAACUUAUGGUGAAACUAAAAGCGAAACAUUGCAACCCUCUGUCGAGGAAAUUGAAGGUGAAUACUGGCGAAUAGUUGAGACACCAACAGCAGAUGAGGUUGAGGUUUACUAUGGAGCUGACUUGGAAACAGGAGUAUUUGGAAGUGGUUUUCCUAAGGCAUCAUCAACCAGAAGUAAUUCGGAUAAGUAUGCAUUGUCAGGUUGGAAUCUAAAUAACUUCCCACGCCUGCCCGGUUCUGUACUGUGUUUUGAAGCAAGCGAUAUCUCAGGAGUUCUAGUCCCAUGGCUCUAUGUUGGGAUGUGCUUUUCUUCAUUUUGUUGGCAUGUUGAGGAUCACCACCUCUAUUCGCUAAAUUAUCUGCACUGGGGUGACCCAAAAGUAUGGUAUGGAGUCUCUGGAAGCCAUGCUACCGAUUUGGAACGUACAAUGAGAGCUUAUUUGCCUGAUCUGUUCGAGGAACAACCUGAUUUACUCAAUGAACUGGUCACUCAACUAUCUCCUACAGUUUUAAAGUCUGAAGGUGUACCUGUGCAUCGAGCCGUCCAGCAUUCUGGGGAGUUUGUUCUUACCUUCCCACGGGCAUAUCAUUCUGGAUUUAAUUGUGGUUUUAACUGUGCUGAGGCAGUGAACGUGGCCCCUGUUGAUUGGUUAGAACAUGGGCAAAAUGCAGUUGAGCUCUACAGUGAGCAGUGUCGCAAGACAUCAAUCUCACACGACAAAUUGUUACUGGGAUCAGCUCGGGAAGCUGUACAGGCCCUCUGGGAACAAUCAGUUCUUGGAAAGAAAACUACAAAAAAUAUGAGCUGGCAAAGUGUAUGUGGCAAAGAUGGUCUACUCACCAGAGCAAUUAAGACACGGGUGCGAAUGGAGGAGGAAAGACUAGAUCGUCUUCCAAUUUGUAUGAAGUUGAAAAAGAUGGAAAGAGACUUUGAUUUGAACAAUGAGAGAGAAUGUUUUUCUUGCUUCUAUGACUUGCACUUAUCUGCCUCCAGCUGCAAAUGCUCUCCUGACCGAUUUUCAUGUAUCAAACAUGCAAAGCUCCUUUGUUCAUGUCACAUCAAUCAAAGAUAUGUCCUUCAACGCCACACUAUCAAUGAAUUAAAUAUGCUGAUUGAAGCAUUGGAAGGGAAAGUAGAGGCCAUAAAAUUAUGGGCAUCCAAAUACCAUGAAUUAGAUGGUACUGAUACACGUACAGCUAAGCUGGAUGAAGAACGUGGCAUGCCUUGUAAAAGAAUCAAAUCUUGUGAUCCAAGGGAAACUUCACCUUGCUGCCCGGUUUCAGAAGAGAAGGUGAACAUAAAUGCAUCCAGCAGUUCGUCCAGUCAGGUUUCUUCUGCAGUUGUCCAGUCAGGGUCACAGCAUGGAUCUUCUAGUUUAAGUAUGUCUCCCAUCACUAUGGAUAGUCAAAAUGACAAUCAAAUUCUGGUAAAGAAUGAUGAAGCAAAGACGGGGAUGGAGUGCUUUGAUCUGAAUCUUAAUUACAUGUCUGAAGAACAUGAAAGCAGGACAAUGCACACAUCUGAUCAUUGUGAUAACAAGGCUGUCACAAUUGAGGAGGAGACCUCUACGUCAGCGUCUAAUCAAGAGAAAGUUUGUAGUUCAGAUGUAGCCAGAGAACCAGACAUGAUGAAAGUUGAUGAUGACUGUAAUGUAUCUGCUCUGACAGUUCUGAACAAUGACUACCCUGCCGGUUCAAGGGACAUCAGGAAUAACUGUGCGAGUGAGGGCAAUAAGUUGUUCGGUGUAAAUAUAUAUGUGACUGACCAAAGCUAUCAAUUACAAGAGUUGAGUCCUUCUGUUGAGCCUAUAGAUUUUGGAGCUGUUGUCUCUGGGAAGUUGUGGUGCAGUAAGCAGGCAAUAUAUCCAAAAGGUUAUAGAAGCCGAGUUAGGUUUUAUAGUGUGCUUGACCCAACAAAAGUAUGUAGCUAUAUUUCAGAAGUUGUCGAUGCUGGGCUUCUUGGUCCUCUAUUCAAGGUUAGUUUGGAAGAUUGCCCAGGUGAGGUUUUUGCAAAUAUAUCGGCAGACAAGUGCUGGGAAAUGGUACUACAGAGACUACAUCAAGAAAUAAACCGACGGAGUAGUGUAGGGGAAAAUGGGCUGUCCCAUAUGCAGUCAUUGCAGAGCAUUAAUGGGCUCGAAAUGUUUGGAUUUCUCUCCCAACCCAUUGCUCAGGCUAUUGAGGCUCUUGAUCCUGACCAUCAAUGCGUGGAGUACUGGAAUCACAGGCGCAUGGUCCCGUCAAUGUCUUGCAGGCUUAGUGAAAUCAAGCAGCAUUCAUUCGAACAAAGUUGCUGUCUACGAGAAAUGGAGACGAAGGUUUUUGGUGUCAGUUUGACAAAGCCAGAUCAGGAUUGUUCAUCGGCGGAACAUCAUCAUUUAACUGAAGAGAUGCAGCUGGUACUACGAAGACUACUAAAGAAGGCGGAUUCUGAGGAGUUAAGUGCAUUACAGAGAGUAUUCUGCAGCGAGUCACAAAGUGCGAAAUGGAGAGUGGCAUUCGCAUCAAUGAUCGACGAGAUCCAGAAACAUGUAGAUAGUUAAGGAAAAGAAAGAAAGUUAGGUCCCAUCAUUCUUUCUCAUUCAAAUAUAGUCAUUCAUUAGGCCUAUUCUUUGAUCGAAAAAUUCGUAAGGGGAAAGAGGGAGAUUUUCUGGGUCUUGAGUCGGGCACAAGACAUUUGUAAUGUGGCUACUCAUGAACUGGAUCUGGAGUGUUGAUUUGGCGAGGCGGAAUGCCUUCGAUUGGUUGCAGAUCUUUUUGUUGAGUAGAAAUUAUGUUUUGAGGA